CAAUUCAAUUUCAGACAACAUGGGCCCUUGGCUGAAGAUUCUGCGUCUCAGACAAGCUUUGUAGAGCCAGGAUAUACUGAGGAGCUUCAGCAGGCGAGAGAGAGAGAGAGAGAGAGAGAGAGAGAGAGAGAGAGAGAGAGAGAGAGAGAGGCAUGCGUGUGUUUCCCCGUCACCGGAGCAGCGAACUACACCCACGCCCGUAUAGGAUGAGAGAGAGAGAGAGGGGCGGUUCCGCGAGAGGUUGUUGGCUCUUUUCGACGUCCUCGAACCCGGAACCUCGGUUGCGAAUCAAGUUGCGCGCCUCUCGUUGCAGAGAGUGACACGCAUUAUUGAGAUCGUCUGCUCUACUCCCAAAAAUUGCUGCGCCGGCUCCCUCUCUUGCUUUGUCUCCUGUCACGAGCGGGCCCGGGGGGAAGGGGCGCGGAGCCCGGUGUUGAGAAGAUCAGCAACAUCACAUCGCCGACGUACGCGUCUCCUGAAGAGAACGGGGACGUGUGCAGCGUUCUUGACACGCGCUCGCGCAGCAGCUGUAGUAGAACCAGAUCAGUCGCGCGGGAGAAGGCUCGGCCAGGGUUUGUUUGUGAACGGAUAAGAGAAAAAGUUAAGUUACGGAAAGGGGUGGAAGAAAGCAAGGAGUGCGAGGAGGAGGAGCAGAAGACAAGGAGCAGCAGCUCUGGCGAUGGCGGAGGGAACUGCGAAUGGCGCCUGCGAUGUCGUUGGCGAUGCGCAUGUGGGCGCAAAGCCUUCGACUGCAGUAUCGUCGUACACGCCGAAGAUCAUACUCAUAACUGGCGCUGCCGGUUUCAUCGCUUCUCAUGUGGCCAACCGUCUGGUCCGCCUCUACCCCGAGUACAAGUUUGUCGUUUUGGACAAGCUCGACUACUGUUCCAACUUCCGUAACCUCGAGCCGUCCAUGCGGUGCACGAACUUCAAAUUCGUGAAGGGCGACAUUGCCAGCGCGGAUCUGGUCAAUUACCUUUUGCUGACGGAGAAGAUCGACACCAUCAUGCACUUCGCCGCGCAAACGCACGUGGAUAACUCUUUCGGGAACUCGUUCGAGUUCACGAAGAACAACAUCUACGGGACCCACGUGCUUCUGGAGGCGUGCAAGGUCGCCGGAACCGUGCGGCGGUUCAUCCACGUCAGCACGGACGAGGUGUACGGGGAGACGGAGGCGGACGCCAUCGUCGGCAAUCACGAAGCCUGCCAGCUGCUGCCCACGAAUCCCUACUCGGCGACGAAGGCGGGAGCGGAGAUGCUCGUCAUGGCGUACGGGCGGUCGUACGGUCUCCCCUUCAUCACGACGCGUGGCAACAACGUGUACGGUCCCUGCCAGUUUCCGGAGAAGCUGAUCCCCAAAUUCCUCCUGCUGGCGAAGGCGGGGCGGAGCCUACCCAUCCAUGGGGACGGCUCGAACGUGCGCAGCUACCUGUACGCGGAAGACGUGGCGGAGGCAUUCGAAGUCGUCCUUCACAAGGGGGAGGUGGGGCACGUGUACAACAUCGGGACAAAGCGGGAGAGAACGGUUCUGGAGGUGGCCACGGAGAUCUGCAAGUUGAUGGGCCGCGAUCCCAACACGACAAUCGAGUACGUGGAGGACAGACCGUUCAACGAUCACAGGUACUUCUUGGACGACGCCAAGCUCAAGGCCUUGGGAUGGGCSGAGAAGACGCCGUGGGAGGAGGGUCUCAAGAAGACCAUGGACUGGUACCUCGCCAAUCCGGACUACUGGGGGGACGUGUCGGGCGCGCUGGUGCCGCAUCCGAGGGGGAUGAUCUUCGGCGGGGAGAAGGCCAUGCUCCUCGGAGACGAGGAGGACGAGKGGAGAGAGGGCGCCGAGAGGCGUGUCGUCGCCCCCCUUCUGUCCUUGACGCCAAGGGCGAUGGCGGCCAAGGACUCGUGGAACGUGCUCCCGAAAACUCCGACGGGGAUGGUGGUGCCCCCCCGUCUUAAGAUGGGCGGCGGCUUUGUCGCCAUGAAGGCGCUGAUCUACGGCCGCACGGGCUGGAUCGGCGGGCUGCUGGGCAAGCUGUGCGAGCAGCAGGGCAUUCCGUACGUGUACGGGUCGGGUCGCCUGGAAGACAGAGCUUCGUUGGCGGUCGAUAUCGUGGCGGUCAAGCCCACUCACGUCUUCAACGCGGCGGGCGUGACCGGAAGACCGAACGUGGACUGGUGCGAGAGCCACAGGGAGGAGACCAUUCGCGCGAACGUGAUUGGAACCCUCAAUCUCGUCGACGUGUGCAAGGUGCAUAAUCUGCACGUCACCAACUUCGCGACGGGAUGCAUCUUCGAGUACGACGACGCACACCCCCUGGGCUCGGGCGUUGGCUUCACGGAGGAGGAGAGGGCCAACUUCGCGGGCUCCUUCUACUCGUUCACCAAGGGCAUGGUCGAGGAGCUCUUGAGAGCGUACGACAACGUGCUGACGCUGCGCGUCAGAAUGCCGAUCACGUCGGAUCUGACGAAUCCCAGGAACUUCAUCACGAAGAUCACCAGGUACGAGAAGGUGGUCAACAUCCCCAACUCCAUGACGGUGCUGGACGAGCUGCUGCCGUACGCCGUCGAGAUGGCAAGGAAUGGCUGCAAGGGCAUCUACAACUUCACCAACCCCAAGCCCAUCAGUCACAACGAAAUCCUCGAGUUGUACAGGGAUUACAUCGACCCCACUUUCAAGUGGAAGAACUUCACGCUGGAGGAGCAGGCCAAGGUCAUCGUCGCGGCCAGGAGCAACAAUGAGCUCGACGGGACCAAGCUCAAGAAGGAAUUCCCGGAAAUGCUCGACAUCCGGGACUCGCUCAUCAAGUACGUCUUCGAGCCCAACAGCCGGGGACGCAAGUCGGCGACUAAGCCCACGUCGGCAACUAAGUCCACGGCAGCAGAGCAUAUGGCAGAAGACACCUCCGUGCCGAAGGCCCCGCCUUGCGCUGCUGCUGCUGCUGCUGCUGUUAACGGGCACCUGGGCACCGUGUGCUAGAUCUGAUCUCCUAUUAUUCAAUUUAUUCCCCUCUCCAUCUCUUCCUGUGGGUCGUUCUUCGACUCCCACUAAACCUCGGUCUCUGGCCCGAGAAGGAACGCGUAUGCGCGAGCACAACAAGCCUGAACUGUUGUGUUUUCAACUGUCUGUCUGUAUUCGGGAAUUAAAAAUUGCUGGGAAGAGGGAAAAGAUCAAGCGAUGGGUGGGCGUGCCAUAAGACAUGCCCUUGCUGGCGGGCGCUUUGCGGAGAUCUCACAAGUGCGGCGAUGGCGAGUGCCUGUCGCUUGCUGAUUCUUAUUGCUCUUCUUCAAGUGGGCACUGUGUGCUAGACCUGAUCUCCUUUAAUUUAAGGGGUAACUUCGGCGCAGUCACGAAAACAGUUUGUAAUUGCACUUCAGGCAAUCCCGCGAAUACAACACCCCCCCACGCGACCCCACCGGACCCAAAACGUAGGCCAUAUACAUUCAGCAUUACCGGCCCUUUUGCCUCAAGUGCAAUGACUGACUGCGCCGUAGUUUUCUCUUAAUUUAAUUUAUCCCUUUCCCAUCUCUUCUCUCGGGUCGGCCUUCGACUCCCGCUGAACCUUAGUCCCUGUCUUGAGAAGAAAGGCAAAUGCGCAUGCGCUCACAAGAGCACAGGCCUGAUCUGUUGUGUUUUCAACUCUGCUGUCGAGAACAAGUGCUGGGGAGAGCGAAGAUCAAGGGAUGGGUGGGCAUGCUAUAAGUGACGUCCGUGCGGACGCUUUGCUGGGAUCUCAUAAGUGAUGCGGACGGAGAGUGCACGUUGUUCGGCGCAUUUUUCCUGAUGCUUCUUGUUCUUUUUCAAGUGGCUACUUGAACAUUCUUUCUUCACGUUGGAUAAUGGUGAUACGACCAUUUGUCAUCAAAUCAGGGGAACGAUACGGGAACCUGCCAGAUGAUGGACUGAACACAUGAAUGUGAUUAUUGAAGUCUUCGGUACGUGUCAAGUGACGACGCUGGAGCAGGACACCAGACACGAAACGCUUUCAAUCGGCGCCUCGACAGGUGGUUGGUGGUGGUGGCGAUGAUGGUGGUGGUGGUGGUAGUGGUGGUGGUAGUGGUGGCUUGACUUUGUAAUGGUCGGUGCCUCGGUGUAUAUCAUGGAAUAGAUUUCAGUCUCACGGAUUGCGAAAUGCUGACCGUAGAUAAUAAAGAUAAGUUGUCAUUAUCAUUCUUUGUUGUUUAUGCUGACCGCAGAUAAUAAAGA